AUGGAACUUCUCUUAGCAAUUUUUCUUGUUGUUUUGACUGUCUUUGUGGUAGGAGCAUUCUACUGCGAACACCCCAAGGCAGAAAUCCCUCCUGGAUUUAUCGAUCGCAAAAAGAUUUACAUUUUCCAUUAUAUCAUGAAUUUUGGUUUCGGUCUGGCAAAAUUUCUAGAAAAAAUAGGUAUCACAUCAGAAGUCCAUGUCCUCAGAACUGCAAUGGAUGGAAUACCACCAUUAAAAGACAAUAAUCUUCUAAUCAAGGACUUAAGUUUUGAUAAGAUUAAAGUAAGAAUUUAUCAGCCAAAAACACCAACCACUGGACGAAGAAGAGGAGUCCUUUAUUUUCAUGGAGGAGUCGGACGAUUUGGAAGCAUUCGGGCCUAUGAAAGAACAUGCCGCUAUUUCACUAAAAAGAGCAAUUCAGUGUUUGUGUCUGUUGGGUAUCGCUUAGCUCCUGAGUACCCAUAUCCAACUCAGUUUGAGGACUGUCUCGCUGCCACCGUACAUUUUAUGAAGAUUGCAGAAGAUUAUGGAGUAGAUCCUGCCCGUGUUAUCGUGUGUGGAGACAGCAGUGGAGGUACAAUUGCUGCUGCUGUUGCCCAAGCAAUGACCAACAGAAAAGACCUCCCAAAGCUGAGAGCCCAAAUCCUGAUAUACCCUUUUCUCCAGGCUGCGAGCUUCAAUUUGCCUUCUUAUGAACAGAACAGGGGAGUCCCUGUUUUACUGAAGAAACGAACGCUCAUUCUUGGUUUGAAGUAUCUCAAUAAAGAAGAAUCAGUCUUGGAUGCAGUCUUGAAAGGCGCUCAUGUUCCAAGAGAUUUGGACUUGAAGUGUAAGGAGUGGCUGAAUCCUGACAAUAUCCCUGAAGAUUUUAAAUCAAGAGACUACCAAGUAAAAGGAGUUUACCAAGAAAAGCAGUACUCAGAAGAUCUCUGYAGACAAGCCAAGCCUAUUUUGGAUCCAAUUUUUUCACCACUACUAGCUGAAGAUAGUGUUAUUGCUCAGCUUCCUGAGACUUUCCUUUUGAGCUGUGAAUUUGAUGUGCUUAGAGAUGAUGUACUGCUGUACAAGAAACGAUUAGAGGAUCAUGGUAUAAAAGUGACCUGGUGUCAUCUGGAACAGGGAUUCCAUGGCAUAAUAUUCUUAGCUAAUUAUGGUAGGCUAGCAUCAUUUAAGACUGCAAAUAAAGGCCUACAAAUGAUAGCAGAUUUUCUAAAGUCAAUAUAA